UGCUCAUGAUGUUGAUCAAUUAUUUUCAGCUGCUACUACUACAGCUAGUGGUAAUUGGAUUUUACAGGGUCGAGACAUGUGGCAAAGACUUGGCAAAUGGCCCUUCUUCAAAUUCAUGUGCAAUUUGCCGUUCGCACGACUAUAAUUAUGAUCCACGCAGCGGAUCUUGCAGCAUCUUGGAGCAAGCCUGGACAGCUGCGAUCACGCCCGCGGAACUGUCACAUGUCACAUUUGGCAAUGAAUUUGCAGUGCCGUACCGUAGCUUGAUUACAGCCUCAGCCUGGAUAUCAGACGUUUAAGGAAAGUAAGAUGAAUUUGGGGCAUCGGGGCGAGCGCAGUUCCUGUGGGUACCCCUCAAAGGUUUCGAGGCGAACAGCCUACUACGGGUAUAAACUCGCCGCGACAGAUUUCAAGCAUGUGCUACUUAUGCCAAGCGGUGUGCUGCUACUAGAGAUUCUCUGUUGAUAAUGCCUGGUGUUCGAGGUGUAGCCUCACGGACUUGAAAAUAAAUGAACAGUCGUCACAUAAGCCUCAACUUGUCACGGCAACGGUCCCACUUGAAGCUGAAGCUUGAAGUUUGAUCGUGAGUUAGCCCUUGACGACAUGCAUCAUGGUAUGUGGGGACAUUUGUAUGGUGGUGAAGGGAG